CCAGGGGAGCGGACGAGAGGAGCGUCUGGUCGAUGAGAUUUCUAACUGCUGGCUCGGCCCAAGGGAGGCAAUAGAGCACGAGCACGAGGAGGAGGAGCAGCAGCAGCAGGAGGAGGCUGUCGGCGCAGGCAGGCGCAAUGUUUCUGCGGCUUUAAUCGGGGGCCCGAGAUCCGAAUUUUGCCUGAGCUCAUUCGGGCGUGCGAUCUGGGCCCGUCUGGAAAGUUUGGCGGUACGCGGAAAACCUCGAAAAUGCUCGCGGUUGGAUCGGAAGUGCUCCUCGAUGAGCAUUUCGCUUCGGAGGAAGUAGGUGCAGGUUCUGGUGCUGGUGCCGGAGGUUUGUGAGAAGAACGAGAGCGUCGCCGGUGGAGACAGAGGUUCGAUGACACGUCCACGAGAGUAGAGGUUUAGAAUUAGCUCGCGGAGGUUUUGAGAACCGGGAAAGUUCAGAUCGGCGAUUGCUGGUGUAUGCUGUGCGCUCCCGGUGGAUUUGAAUUUCUCUGGAAGCUGAUGGAGAUUAAGUUUCUGAUGGUUGGAGGGCCCAGAUGUUUGGAUUAAGGUGUUGGAGCUGGGUUGAGGUGCGCGUUGGAUUGGACCUGUGGGAGUUUUUGGCGAAUGUUUGAAGCGGGACCAUGAGCUGUAUUUUGUAGGAAAAGCUUUUUUUUUCCAUUCGUCCGUAGAAGUAGUUUCGGCUCAUCUCAGUGGGUGUAGCGUGGUGUUGGUUCGACGAAGACGAGGGGAAGUCCAUAAUGAAGAGGUGGGAGAUUGCGUAGGUUGGGACGUGUCACAGGUGGAGAGCUUCUUUUGCAGCGAUCGAAUUGAUAUAAUGUUUGGAAAGGAAGAUCGGACUUCUCCGUCCUCUCGUUUGGAAACCGCCACAGAUAACCAGGAGACUUGAGCAUAUAGCAGUUCCUACCGACCCCAACUUAUUAGGCCUUAUAUGGGAGAUUGAGGCUACACAGAUUUAUACUUUUGUUGCUGGGGCUUUUUGAUAUGUUCCGGUCAUCCGGAAUGAGGAACAGAGUGCCGUCAUCGAACUCCACAGGAAGCAUGACAUCUCUAAUAAUGCUGAUGCUUUCAUUCUUGGCUUGCUUUUACACUGCUGGCCGGUUAUGGGAGGACGCAGAAGUAAGAUCACUUCUUGUCGGACGUUUGGAGACGAGGACAUUGCAGGAAUCAGGGCUUAAAUCCGUCGAUGAGACCUUGAAAAUGUUGGACUGCAAGGAGAUGCAGAAGCACAUAGCAGCGUUGGAGAUGGAAAUCGCUGCAGCUAGAAGUCAAGGAUUCAUGCUAAAGCGUCCAGCUGUGGACAAUACAACUGCCAAUGGGGGAAGGCUGCAUGCUGUCAUCGGAGUAUAUACCGGUUUUGGAAAUCGUCUUCGGAGGGAUUCAAUCCGCAAAACCUGGAUGCCCACAGGUGAACAAUUGAAGAAACUUGAGGUAGAGAAGGGCAUUGUUAUUCGCUUCGUGGUAGGAAGAAGCGCUAACAAAGGGGACAGCUCGGACCGGCUAAUUGACGAGGAGAAUAACAAGACCAAGGAUUUCUUGAUUCUGGAGAGUCAUGUUGAGGGCGAGAAUGAAUUGUCACGGAAGACAAAAACCUUUAUCAGCACUGCAGUCGAGCUUUGGGAUGCUGACUUUUACAUGAAAGUUGAUGACGAUGUUUUCGUCAAUGUUGAAAUAUUGGGAGCUAUGCUCGCCAGUCAUUGGGAUAAACCCCGUGUUUACGUUGGAUGUAUGAAGUCUGGAGAAGUGUUCAGUGAACCAAAUCAGAGAUGGUACGAGCCAGAAUGGUGGAAAUUUGGGGACGAGAAAUCUUAUUUCCGUCAUGCCGCAGGUCAAAUCUAUGGCCUUUCUCGGGCUCUGGCUCAGUAUAUUGCCAUCAACAGUGCUAUUCUACACGAGUACAGCAACGAGGAUGUUACAGUUGGUUCUUGGAUGAUUGGGCUCGAAGUUGAUCAUGUUGAUGAAAGACGCCUGUGCUGUGCCAGCUCAGUGGAUGGAUUGUGUGAAAAGUGGAAAUAUAUUGGAGAAGCAUGCAUUGCUGUUCUCGACUCGGAUUGUGGAGGUCUUUGCGACUCGGCCAACAGAAUGAGUGAUGUAAAAGCCAAAUGUUCUUGAAAAUGAGGAAGCUUAUUGAUGAAGAGCAAAUGAAUGCAAGGUAUAGCAGCACCUGCUUCGAACGUUCACUCAAACUCAGCCUCCAUUGUACGAGUAGAUUUGCUGACCGACCCUCUUGUCCAUCUGGUCCAGUGUGGCACACAGAUUUGGAAAGCGCCUGUGACCUUGUUGCAUAUUAAUUUUCAAUAUGCCGACGUUGAGUUUCGGACGAAGACAAAUCACUUCAAAGCAUACACAACCCUGGCAAUAAUCAAAACUCUUUCUCACCUCGAACAGUAGGUCAUGGCAAGUUAUCUGUUUGGAGGGGUGGAGUUUUUAGAGGAUUCAUCAAAUAGUCCCCCAGGAAGUGGCGCCAAUUUAUUGAGGUCCAGAAGGUUCAUGACGUACGUAUCAACUUAGUAGUCACGCUGCUCUCCGAACCCCGUCAAAUGUGACGAGUGCUUAUGCCCAAGGCGCACGUAAUCACUUAUUACAGAUUCACUUAAAAAGGAUUGGGGUCUUCCCAUCAUUUUUUGUCAUCCACUUGGCCCCCGCUUCUCUACUCUACACUUGAAUAC